AAUAUAACAAAAGCAAGCGUUGAUGAUUGAUAUAGAAAACAAUGAAUGAAAAAACGCUGUUAGUUGAUCGGUAGCAGCUCUACAUUGAUGUGAUAUUCCAGUAGUAAUCUUCUCGUGGUCGCGAAGAAUACGUUAUUCGUUGUUGAGAAUUUUUCUUCUUAAUAUUUUGUACGAACGUCUGAGACGAUCGGUUCAAUUUCUUCGGGAUUUUCACGUGAUUUUUUUUAUCGAAAGUGGAUUCAUUUUUACUGCAUCGUUGAAAAUUAUGGUAAACGAAUGUUGCAAUUUUACGCAGACCGAAUGAGAAAGCUAAUGGUACCGGUUUUCUUCGGAGAAUGUUUCUUGGUUUUUUGGAACAUAUUGAUGGUAUUGUCGGAAGAAGCCCAAACCGUAACAUCGGAUCCGGAAGAAGACCACGUUGUAUUCUGGGAACAGCCAAUCCCGAACCAAUUAAAUAACACAAAUUUCAAUCAAUAUGAUCACCUGGACCUCGAUCAAGAAUUCAGGAUAUACAUCAGAGAUCCAAAAAAUGAUAUUGGAAGAUACAUGUAUAAUUACUCCGAGAAUGAGAGUCGAUCAAUUGGUUUCAUAAUCGGUUCUUGUAAAGCAGUUGAAACACAAUGGAUUUUGGAGCAUAAACCAGAAAAUAAAACCAGCGAGGCUACGCAGUUGGAAGUUUUAGCAGAACAUAGAGGACCGGAAAUUUACAUUUACACUGGCAAAGCUCUUCUAGGUGAAUAUUACCUGAAUAUUUCGUCAGAAAGUCGUCAGUUUUAUUUCAUGUUCGCAACAAUGGACCCCAUCACUGUUGACUUGCUUCGUCAAGUAAAUGGAGAAAAGUACAGACGAGCGAUAAGGUUCAAGAAAGAUUUGAAAAAAUCCAGCGUAACGCUCCAGUGGCCCGAAUGGUCGUGGAAAUAUGAAAAUCAACCGGUCAUAUAUGUCGUUAUGUGGAGUCAUAAAAAAUACGUUAGAUCUAGUUGCGAACGAGAAAACUACGAGAGAGAUACUACUGGGGUCGUUACAACGAGAAAAAGUACUUUUGAAAUAUACGAAGAUGGUAUUGCAAUACCCGGCGAAUUAUUAUACGUCAGCGUGUUUAUAAAAGACAUAAAAAGUGGAGACGAGAUCCUUCUUCCUUACCUUCAAGGACGUGUGAAUUUCCAAAAUACUCAAAUUACAUUGAAAGAUGGUACACCUGUUAAAAAAGAUUUAACGCCAGAUGACGAUAGAUUAACGUUUAGGUACAAGGUGCGAAAAAGUAAAUUUCCUGAAUCGGUAAAAGAAAUCCUAUGGUAUGUUAUUUCCUGCGACGGAGACGUUCAAAUCGAAAUAAACCACAAAAAAGAUGUAGUUUUAAGAAAACAAGUCGUUAGCGGAUACAAAGUAUUUAGAAUUCCUCAACCUCAUGCUGGUAAUAGAUACGUGCUAAAAGUUACCGAUACUACGAAAGGCGAAUCUGAGAAAAAAGUAGAGGUUUUUGCAACGAUCCAUUCAAAAUCGUUUCCAUUUCCAGACGUGACCAAUUUCGAUUUAAGCUAUUUUCCUAAUCCAAAUUAUAAUGUUGAAAAUAAAAUCUCGUACAUAGUGGCCUGGAAUGCAUCAUCGGAUGAAACUCCGGUUCAUUAUUGUAUGCGAGUGUACAAUAAAAAGCACGAAGCGAACAGCGAUGUUUGGGAAACCAACCAAUGUACCAGAAUGAAGAGAAAAUUUAGUAAUGUCGGAGGAUUGGUUUUUCGAAAUUGUACGAAAUCUGCAAACAGAAAAAGCUCAAUAAUCACGUUACCAAUUUACGAUCUGGAUCCAGUGACUGAUUAUGCGGUAUAUGUACGUGCUCGUAAGCAAAAUUCUAAACGUCGAUUAUGGUAUAAUACCCUACAUAUUCGAGGAAAUGACUUCUAUCCUGGCAUAAACCUAUCUAGUACCACUUGAUAUUUCUAACGUCGUGAAUAAUUGAAUUAGGUAAUACGUACACCAAGAUUUUUUAAAAAUUGAACCGUUUUACCUUAUUCAGUUAGAAAAUAAGACUUUACGAAUAAUUUUUAAAAUCAUGUGUUCCUUUUGCAUUUGAAAUUAUUUAAGAAUACCUACCUAUUUUUUAAUAUUCUCAAGAAUUACCUGAGUAGGUACGUAAGUAAUCAUAUACAUUUUUUUCGUAAAUAAUGUAUUUUCUUACCCAGGUACAGUAGGUAUUUGUAGUAUUAUUUUAAUUUAUAAUAUUAAUACCAUCUAGUUUUCUUUAUACCACAUUUCAGCAAUGUGUUUGAAGUAGGUACCUUCCUAUAUGAGUGUGAGAUUUUCUCAUCAGAAACAUUGCAACAUUUAUUGAUUCCACGUAAAAAUUAAUUUCUAAAAAAAAUUCUGAAAUGUCUCUUUUUGUGGUUUUAAUUUCAAUUUUCUUCCUGUCGCAUUUGAUAAGUAUUAAAAAAAAAAAAAAAAAAAAAAAAAUGUUUGAAAAA